AUGGUCAAUUUUCAUUAUUCUAAUAAAGAUUUAUAUCAUACUACACAAUUCUCUUCAUUAAAUCAACAUGAUAAUUUAUGUCAUGAUGAUCUACAUUGUAUUAAACAUUUGAAUCCUAUAAUUAAUGAUAAUACUAAAUGGGAUUUGUUAAGAUCAAUAGAAUUGAAUGAUGAAAAUGUCAAAUCUAUUUCAAAUCUUUAUGCAUUGAAUCAUUUAUCAACUCUUUCAAAUAAUAAUAAUGAUAAUGAUUGUAAAUCAUCAAGAAUUGAUGAUACAACAACAAUAGAUAGUUGGACACCAUCAACUGAUCAAUCGUUUAUACAUCGAGAAAUAUUAAUAAAUAAAAUGAAAAGUUGGAAAUUGUACAGAAAUACUAGUCCUUUAAAUUACUUCAAUAAUAUGAAUAAUACUAGUAAUAUUGAUAAUCUACCUGAAAAAUACUCUGUUCAAUGUAGAUUUAGAACAUUUGAAGAUGUGCCUAAAGAUCAAAUGGAUGAUCAUGUAGCUACAGUACAUAUAUUUAACCGAUAUUUAAUGAAUAAUGAAUAUGGGCAUGGAGAUCAAUUACAAACAUUGAAAGACGUUCAUUCAUCAGCUGAUUUAAGUGAAAAUUUAACAGAACAGUUUAUUACACCAUCAGUCAGUGAUGGUUUAACAUUGGAUGCCUGUAAUCAGGAAUUAGAUCAUAAUACACGUUUAAAUGCAAGACAUCGUAUAUGUGAAGAAUAUUUACAAUGUUUAGAGAAACGAUAUAAUUUUAAUAUGAAUCAAUCAAAUAAUGAAAUGAAUAAAAUAAAUGCAACUGAAUAUGAUUUAAUACCGAAUCAUUUAUAUAUAUCAACAAGUGUUGAUGGUUUACAUUCAAUGGUAACAACAAUACAAAUGGAUUCAUCGAAAUUGUAUCAUUCAAUUGAUCAUACUACAUUGAAACAAAAUACAACUGAAGAGAAAAUUAUUGCAAAUAAAUGUGAACAAGAACGUGUACAGAAGAAAACAUUUACCAAUUGGUUAAAUACAUAUUUGAGUAAUGCGAAUCCACCAUUGAAAGUUCAAGAUUUAUUUGAAGAUAUCAAGAAUGGAAUAGUGUUAAUAAGAAUUUUAGAAGUUUUAUCAGGAGAGAAACUACGUGCAGAAAGUCGGGUUCAAAUGAAUCGGAUACAUUGUCUAUCAAACAUUAAAACUGCAUUGGAAUUUUUACAUUCAAGGAAUGUAAGUGGAAAUUCAUUACAAUAUAGUGAACAUUCAGGUUGUAUCUACUUUUUUAUUGAGGAACAAGAAGAGUUACUACUGAAAAUUUUGGAUCUUCCACCUGGCUCACUUAAAGCAAGAGGUUCAGCUAAACGUGCUCUACAAACUUGGGUUCAAGAAAUUUUCGCUGGGAAAUACGAUGUUCAAAUUCGUGAUUUUGGUCCAAGUUGGCGUGAUGGUAUAGCAUUCAAUGCUAUGGUACAUAAUAUUGAUUCCAGUCUUGUUGAAAUGGACAAAGUAAAGAGUAGAACAUCAAAAGAAAAUUUAGAACAUGCAUUUACUCAAGCUGAAAAACAUUUGGGUAUACCAAGACUUUUAGAUCCUGAAGAUGUUGAUGUUGAUAGACCAGAUGAAAAGUCAAUUGUAACAUAUGUUGCUCAAUUUUUCAAAGCUUAUCCGGAUGCAGGAAGACGAAGACCUGAUUCGGAAAUUUUCGGAACAAAUAAUCAAAAGUUGAACUCUAUUCGUGAUGAUUUAUCUCGUGUUAUUGACAAUGAAAAGACAACCAAUUUGCCUAGUACUUUAAUUGAUCGACUAAGUACACGUUUAUCAAAAGUUACUGGUUAUGAACCUGGAUAUAGUGCAGUUUUAAAUGCAUCCAAAGCUCGUAGAACAUUCCUUGAUAUAUUAUAUAAUGUUAAUCGUACAGAAACUAGUACAGGUGUUCGUAUACGUAGUCGUCGACGUGAAAGUGCUACAGGUUUUGAAUAUCGUUUUUGUAAUUGGUUGGAUCUAGUCGAUGGUAAUAUACAUACUGAAACUAGAGAGAUUGUAAAUGGAAUUCUUACCGAUUAUCAGCUUUGUUUAAAGACAGAACAUAUUCCAGAGAAAUUAGAUCAAUGUAAAUCGGAUUUAUGUAAACAUUUUAAUUUAUUAACUAAAAUUGUUCAAUAUGAUGAUCAACUUAUACCAAAAAAUUCUUUGGAUAUUAUUCAACGAUGGCAAGAUGAUUGUGAAAUGAAAUGGAAUAUAGAUAAAUUUAAUCAAUUAAUACAAUUAGGUGAACGUAUUAAACAACGUUUAACAUUAUGGGAUAAAUUAGAUCAUCGUGUUAAAAAUAUAGAAAAUUGGUUGUCACAAUUUGAAGAUUCGAAAUUUUCUGAAAAUGAUUGGUUCAGUCGACGAGAUGAAAUAUUUGUGUUAUUAGAAGAAGCUAAUGAAGCUGCUCAUUAUCUUGGUGAAUCAGCGAUCAUCAUAGAUUGGAAAUGUUUCAUUUCAAAAAGAAAACAAGCCAAUUUAGAAAAAGUGGAAGCAAAACGAUUAGCGGAUAAAUUAAAACUUGAAAAUGAAUUCAAUAAUCAUUUAAAUCAAAUAGAAAAUUGGAUCAAUUCAAUAAAAGAUUUAAUUGAAAAUAAAACGAAUGGUAAAUUGAAACAUUUACAAGUACGUUGUACAUCGAAUGGAUUAUCGAUUAUUGUUGGACAAUUACAAAAUAUUUUAGAUGAACAAUCAAAAAUUACAGAACAUUUACAAAAUGCUACUAAUCUAAGUCAAGAUCCAAUAAUUCAACCAAUACAAUUAGAACAAAAUGAACGUUUAUUAUAUUUAGAAGAAUCAAUGGAGAAAUUUAUUCAUUUAUUACCAAUAAAAUUAAAAGAUUUAACGGAUAUAACAGAGAAAACUAAUGAAAUUGAAAAUAAUUUAAAUCAUAUUCAAUUACAACUAAAUGAAUUAGAACAGAAACAAAAUAAUCUUUUCUUGGAAACUGAUAUUCAUACAUGGGAAUGUUCAUCAUUAUAUCUUGAUUUUAAUGACUGUCGUGGACAUUUAACAUUUACUAAUGGUCAAGUCAAUGAUUUAGAACGUGCACUUAAUUUACAAGAUAAUCGUGGUAUGUCAAUUUUAAACAAAUUUAGUGUCGAAGAAUUAUAUAAUGAAAUAAAAGAUUUCAAUGAUCGUCUUAAUAAUACUGAAAAAAUAAUUAAGCGUAAACUUAUUCAUAAACAAUCAAUUGAUGAAACAUUUAUAACAUUAAAACAACAAAUGGAUGAAAUACAAAUAGCUUUAAAUGAUUUAAAAUAUGCAACAUCAACUAGUGGAAGGAUUAGUAAAGAAGAUUUAUUGAAUUUGUUGGAUAAUUUAAAAACAUUACGCCGUAAAUACACCGAAAGUAUCCAAACCAAUGAUAGACGAUGUCAGAAUUUCUUAAAUUCAGCUGCUUCUCAAGGUGAUGGUGAUAUGUUACUCAAUGAGAUGAAAACGAAAAUAUCUCAGAUGAAAAGUGAUCUAAAUGAACAUUGUACAGAAAUUGAUAAUGAAAUGCAACAAUUAGAUAUUCAAUUAAAUAAAUCAUUAACAAAUCUAUAUGAAAUUGAAGAAAAAGCAAAACAAACCGAUCAAUGGUUAAUCAAUCAAGAAAGACGUUUAACUGCUUUAUCAACUGGACCACCGACACAAUCAUGUGAUACAGUAGAUAGUAUAUCAGAACAAUUAAAAUCUCAUCAACAAUGGGUAGAUGAAUGUAAAAAUUUACUUGAAAGCAUCAAAAAAUAUUCUCAAAAACAUAAUCUAAAACCUGAACGAGAUGAUGUUGAUUCUAAAGUAUACAAUAUAGCAGAAGAACAAUUAAAGAAUAUUAAUUCAUUUUCAAUACAAUUAGAAUCGUCUUAUCAAUGGUUAUAUCAAUGUUAUCAUGAACAUAAUGAAACAAUCAAUAAUUUAAUUGAUAAUAAUAAUAAUAAUAAUGAAUUUAAUCAAAUGAAUAUAUUAAAUCAAUUACAAGUGAAACAUCAAUAUUUAAUGAAUUUUGCUACAUUACUAAAUAAAGAAGGGAAUAUACAAUUAAUACAAUGUCAAAAUGAAAUUCAACAUCUCAUUGAUUUCAAUGAUAAUUAUGAUAAUACAUCUAUGAUUAUAUUAGCACGUAAAGAAUUAUCUAAAUUUCAAUUAGAAUUAAAUAAUAUUACUAAUGAAAAUGAUAAAGAAUUAAAAGAGAUCGAAGCUCAAAUCAGUCGUCAAUCUAAAUUUCUCAGUAAUAUUGAAGCUGAAGAGAAAUGGUUAAAUGGCAUUGAAAACAAGAUUAAUCAAGAUCACAGUCAUUUAAACAAUUUUCAAUCUACUGCUGAACUAUUACAGGACAUUCAAACUGAAACCGAUCGUUACAAUCAAUUACUUAGUAAUGUAAAUACGCAUAAUCAACAGAUUGAUGAACAACUACUUCCUGAAGCUCAGUCAUUGAAAGAUUCUUCAUCUUUGCAAAGAAUUGAUAAUUUGAAAGGUAAAAUCAAGACUUUCAAACAAAAUUUGGAAAAAAUGAUUUCUGAUAUGAAUAUACAAGCUACAUCAAUUCAUGCUUUUCAACAAGCUGUGGAAAACUUUAGAUUUAAUCUUAAGAAUUUCGAACGUCAGAGGAGUUCAAUCUUAGAAAUACAGACAGUUAGUUAUGUGAACAUGGAAAGUGAUAGUCAGCUAUUAGAAGCGUCUUAUGUGAAUAUGAAAAAGCAAAUUGAAGAUCUUCUUACAAAUCAAUCAGAAUUAAAAACACAAUUUAUGCAUAUUGAAUAUCUUAGUCAAUCCAUUCAAUCUAUUCCAAAUGAUGAUUUAAAUCAAUGUCAACAAGAAAUGGAACAAUUUUUUAAUAAACUUCAUAAUGAUUCUAAUGAUAUUCAAUCUAUUUUAUUAAAAUUAAUAAAAUUAAAUGAAUUAAUUAAAAAUUUAAAAAAUUUUUUAAAUAUCAAUCAUGAACAAUUUUUAUUGAUUUUAAAUAAAGAAUCAAUAAUAUCGAUUAAUUAUGAUUUAGAUCAACUUUAUCAAUUUUAUCAAUUGAAUUUGAAUGAAAUUAAAUUAAUUUGUAAUCAAUUUGGUAUAGAAUUAUCAUGUGAAUCACCAUCAAAUCGUAAUCAAUCAUCUAAAUUAUCAAUUAUUGAAAAUGAAAUCAAUAAUCUAUUAAAUGAUCUGAUCAGAACUUAUACAAAACAUUCAAAAUUUUUUAUCUCAUUACAAAAUGAUUUACAUCAACAAAUCAAUCAAUUAACGAAUGAUUUAUUUAGUCAAUUAACUCAAUUAUCACAAUUAAUCAAUAAUUUAAAUCAUAUAUUAACAUGUUAUCAUGAAGGACAAAAUAAUAUUGAUUUAAUUAAAAAAGAAUAUCAAACAAUAUGUUUAAAACAAAAUAUUGAUUCUUAUGAUUAUUUAAUUCAAUCAAUCAAUAAUUUAUUCAAUCAAUUACAAAUUAAAAUCGAUCCAAUACAAAUGACAUUGAAUAAAUCGAUAGAAAAUACUUGUAUAAAAUGUCAAUCUAUAAUAAUCAAUGAUAUAUUAUCUAAUUGUUUCAAACAAUUUAUGAAUAAAAAAGAUUUAUUAAUAAAUAAUAUGAAAGAAACUAUUGAAUUAUAUAAACAAUCUAAUCAAAUUGAAAUGAAUUAUUUCAAUAAUUUCAAUGAAUUAAAUAAUGAAUUAAAUCAAUUAAAAAAUUCAUUAAAUCAAUUAUGUCAUAUAACAAUUAUAGAUCAAAUCAAUAAUAUUGAUUUUAAUCAACAAUUAAAUUCUAUUACAGAACAAUAUACAAGAUUACAUAAUCGUUAUAAUAAUUUAUAUGAAAAUUUUAAAGAAACAAAUAUACAAAAUAAUAAAAUCAAUGAAUUAUUAUCAAACAAUUCAAUCAUGAUUCAACAAAUCAAUGAAAAUUUAAUGAAAUUAAAAUCAAAUUAUGAAUUACAAAAAAAUAAUUAUGAAUUAAUACAAAAUAAAUUAAAUCAAUCUAUCGAUUAUUUAAAUAAAUAUCAAAUCAAUAAUUUAUUGAUUGAUUUCACAGAAUAUAGCAAUGAUUUAAAUAAUAUUCAACAAAUAAUCAAUAAAAAUGAUCAAAAUUUAAUCGAUAAUAAAAAUAUUAAAAAAAUGAAUGAUUUAUAUCAAUUAAUUAUAGAAAUCAUUCAGUUAAAUAAAACAAAUGUUUCUUCCCUUUCAUUAUCCUCGUCAUCGUCAUCAUCAACAACAUCAACAGUUAAUCAAUUAAUAAAUUGGAAUAAUUUUUAA